UUCCCCUUUUCCUCUCGAACGGGCAGCACGAAGCGAUCGCAGUCCCCAACAUGGAUCUAUACUACCUGCCUCGUGAUAGCGCCUGCCGCACCGUGCUCAUGGUGGCCAAGGCCCUGGACCUCGAUCUGGACAAGAAGGUAGUGGAUAAGCAGCUGAAUCCGGACUUCAUCAAGAUCAACCCCCAGCACACGAUCCCCACCUUGGUGGACAACGGAUUCACCCUCUGGGAGACGCGUGCCAUCGCCGUUUACCUGAUCGAACAGUACGGAAAGGACGACUCCUUGUAACCCAAGGAUCCCCAGAAGCAGGCGGUGAUCAAUCAACGACUCUACUUCGACAUGGGCUCCAUGUAUCCCUCGAUGACCAAAUACAUUUACAAUGUGUUUUCCACUGGCCCUGGCACUGAAGAGGACUUCACUUUCUUGGAGGGCCAGGAGUACGUGGCCGGUGACCAAUACACCGUGGCGGACAUUGCCAUCCUUGACAUCAGCAAGUACCCCAAUGUGGCCAACUGGUACGCCAAAGUCAAGGAGAUUACUCCUGGCUGGAAGUAAAACCUGGGUGUUAAGAAACUGGUGGAGGAGAAAAAGAAGGAAGCUAAAUCCCAUUUUGCUGUCCAGCAGAAUAGCACCAGUAAUCGCACUCCCAACAUGGAUUUCUACUACUCUCCUCGUAGCAGUGGAUGUCGCACCGUUAUCAUGGUGGCCAAGACUUUGGGCUUGGAGCUGAACAGGAAGCAGCUGCGCCUCACGAAGGGAGAGCACCUGCAGCCAGAGUUCCUCAAACUGAAUCCCCAGCACACCAUUCCCACCCUGGUGGAUGAUGGAUUCUCCCUUUGGGAGUCCCGCGCCAUCGCCGUCUACCUGGUGGAGAAGUACGGCAAGGACGACUCCCUCCUUCCCAAGGAUCCCCAGAAACGUGCCUUGAUCAACCAGCGCCUUUACUUCGACAUGGGAACAUUGCAGGAUUCCUUCAUGAAAUACUACUACCCCUUCAUCCGAACUGGACAGCUAGGAGCUGCCGAAGAUUUCAAAAAGGUCGAGGCUGCCUUUGAGUUCUUGAACGUUUUUUUAGAGGGACAGGACUACGUGGCUGGUGACCAGUUCACAGUGGCCGAUAUCGCCAUCCUCUCCAGCGUGUCCACUUUUGAGGUAGUUGAGUUCGACAUCAGCAAAUAUCCAAAUGUGGUCAGGUGGUUCGCCACCGCCAAGAAGGUUACUCCCGGGUGGGAGGAGAAUUGGGAGGGCUUGCUGCAAGUGAAAGCGAUGUAUGAGGCUCAAAAGUCCUGUGCUAAGUAAAAAUGUGUUUUUAUUUUAAUUUAUUAAUCACCAGAGUUUUAAUAAACUUGCCCACAAAAAAUACAAAAAUACA